UUAAAUUUUUUCCACAGAGAUUGAAGCUUUUUCUUCCACAUAGUACUGCUUCAGUAUAAGUUACCAUCCAUCAGUUAUGGAAAGAAUGGGAUUCAAAAUCCGUGUUCCCAUGGUGGUGAUGGUGGCUGUGGUUAUAUGUCUUCCCUCAGUCACGUUUGCUGCCGAGGGAACUGCCACCUUCUAUACACCUCCCUAUGUUCCUUCGUCAUGCUAUGGAAACCAGAACGAUGGGGUGAUGAUAGCUGCAGCAAGCGAUGUCAUUUGGGGAAACAAAGCGGCUUGUGGAAGAAAGUAUACAGUGAAAUGCAUUGGAGGCACUAACCAAGGUGUACCACAACCUUGCAAGGGUAACAGCGUUGUCGUAAAGAUUGUCGAUUAUUGUCCUCCUGGAUGCCAUGGAACUAUAGAUCUCUCCAAAGAAGCCUUUUCUGCCAUUGCUAAUCCUGAUGCUGGAAAAAUCAAGAUUGAGUAUACUCAGGUUUGAAGGCAACUCUCAUAGUGUCUCGGAAUAAUAAUGACGUCAAUCAAGGGCCACUUGUAAUAAGAAAAACCAGUACACCUGGGAAAUAUCAUGUUAUUAUGAAUAAACAUAUCUAGAUGAUUAAAUAAACAGAGAGACCUCACUCCAUUUCAAGUGUUCAAUUACAAUUAUAAUAGUUUUCAAUAAUUUCUACUC